AUUUGGCAAUAUAGAAACAGUAUAAAACAGAUAAUAGUUAUUGUAUUUUUCCUAAACUCAAACAAAACUUACGUUUCUUUUCGAUCAUAAUGUCUAAACUCAUUCCUGACAUUUUCGCUUUAAUAAUUAAAGAGCUGGAUAAUGAUUAUAAUACAUUAUUCAGAUGUCUUUUAGUGAAUAAACUUUGGUGUAAGUUAACUAUACCAAUAUUAUGGAAGGAUUGUUUAAGUCAUAAUUCAAAACCAAUAUCUCAUGAGAAAAAUAUUUCACUCAUUAAAAUUCUUUUCUCAUUUUUAUCAGAAGAAUCAAAAAAUUUACUUAUUAUGAAUGAAAUUAAUUUAUCAUUUAUACAAACACAAACACCAUUAUUCAAUUAUAUAAGCUAUUGUAAAUCUAUUAUUACAUUUGACGUAACAGAAGUUAUUAAAAAUUGUUUCGAAUCGCCACUUUCACAAAAUCAGAAAAAUAUUAUAGAUAAAGAAUUUUACGAUAUGGUUUUUGAUAAAUGUUCUUAUUUAAAUCGUCUUGGAAUUUUUCAUAAAUUAUGUUAUAAGAAAUAUGAUAUGGUGAAUUUUAUGAAAUUAAAAGAUAAUCUAUCAAAUCUUGUUGAAUUAACUUGUACACAAUAUAUAGAUGAAAGAAUCUUUUAUAACUUGGCAGAAAUUUGCGUUAAUAUUAAAAAACUUGAAUUAAGGGGUAAUAAUCAAAAUAAUAAUCAAGGAUUAAUUAAAUUAAUUGAAGUUCAGAAGAAAUUAGAAUAUUUCACUUAUGGUGGAAAAAGAGGACAAAAUUGGGAUAAUUUUUGUGAGGUGAUAGGUCAAGCAUUAAUUAAACAUAAGAACACACUUAAACAUAUUCAUGGAAAAACUCGAUUAUGUAUUCCUCUUAAUAUUUUAUAUUCUUUUGUAAAUUUAGAAACUUUAACGUUAGGAUAUUCCACGAAAACUAUGGAUGGUUUACAUUUAGUUAAAUUACCAAAACUUCUAAAACUUAGAGUUUGUCAUCUUACAGAAGUAAAAGAAUUAAUACAAAAUACAAGCGGAUAUCUUAAAACGAUUGAUAUUCAUAAUCAAUUUGCCAAGAAAAAUAUUACAGAAGAUAUUAUACAAAUCGUUAUAGCAAUAUAUCAAAAUUGUCCAAAACUAGAACAUUUAUGCAUUCCUUUUGUCGAUACAAUCGAUGAUGCAUUAGGAGAUCUGUUAGUUCAUUGUAAUCAAUUAGAAUAUAUACAAAUAUAUGGCGGAUUCCCUUCUGAUGAAUCUUUGAAUGGUGAUGUGAUAUUAAAAAUUUUAUCAAAAUCAACUUCAAAAAAAUUGGAACGUAUUGAAAUGAAAGGUUCAUGGAAAUUCUCAGUUGAUCCAUUGAAAGAAUUUUUAAAUGAUUUGAAAGAAAGAAAUUAUUCGCUUUAUUUUAAAUUUGGUUUAAAUUAUGAUUGUCUUAAUGAAGAAUUUUCAAGUAUAAUUCAAAAUUUUGUUGAUGAUAAUGUUCUUAGAAUUAAUCCACUUGAUUAUUUAUAA